AUGAAUCGCUCGCAAAAUUAUUCUGCGGCAGAGCUGGAUGCUCUGAUUUCUGCAUUAGAAAAGAAAAGAUUUCUGGUGUCAGGGGAACUUGGGCCUCUUUGUGAAACUAUUCAAGCCCAGAAGAAUGCCUGGGAUGAAGUGGCCGAGGUCGUAUCAUCCCGUGCUAUGGGGGUAACACGCACUGGUUACCAAAUAAAAAAUAAGUGGUGCGAUUUAAAAUAUCGCAUUAGAUGUAAAGCUGUCCGUAUGAAGGAGGAACGAGAGAAGACCGGUGGAGGUCGUGGCCAGACAGUUAAACUGACUUUGCAAGAGGAGAGGGUGUUGGGGCUUUUAGGGGAAGCCUACAUCAGUGGCAUCGUCGGAGAAGAAUUAGACACCUCAUACGAUUUGGAGCCGGAGCAGUCAAAUGGCUAUUUGGAGACCCUUGCUGGACCCUCAAUGACGAAUUCUAGUCUAGCUGAUGUAGAAACUGAAGUUGAUACAGUUGAGAGAACAUCCGCUGGACCACCUAGACGUAUCCUAUCAACGCCACAAGGAGUAAAGCGAAAGAUAGAAAAACCAGGAUCUUCAACCCAGCGUGUCCAAGAAUAUCGUAACAAGAAGAGAACACAAAUGAUAAACUGGGAAGAGGAUGAGGACACGCAAGUGUUGACUACUCAGAAGGAAACAAAUGAAAACAUAAAAAAAAUGAACAGAAACUUGGAAACUCUAAUCGAGUUAAAAAGAGAAAGCUUAAAAAACCAGCAGAACAUUAUGAACAACCAGGCUGUCAUUGCAAGUCUGCUGGCCAGAUCCUUAGGCUGUGAUAUCAAUAUAAGUUUAGAAUAUGCCAUGAGAUGCAUCGGGAAAAGUAGAAGCGCAGUACGUACAUUUUUUACCAUGAUGAACUUACCACCACCACCUUCGAAGCUUACAAGAUUCAGUGACACACUAUCGCAAGCGCUUACAUCUGUGAGCGCAAAAUCUAUGACAAACGCAGUGGAAAGUGCUGUCAAGAAUAAUGAUGAUGACCGAGAUUGGCAAUUGCACUGGCCUGCUCGUCGCAAAAGGGAGGGCAUGUGUCGAUAA